AUGCAUGACAAUGCUAGGCCUCAUGUGGCUGAAGUGUGUCAGCAGUUCCUGCAUGAUGAAGGCAUUGAUGCUAUGGACUGGCCUUCCUGUUCCCCAGACCUGAAUCCAAUCGAGCACAUCUGGGACAUCAUGUCUCGUUCCAUCCACCAACGCCACGUUGUACCACAGACUGUCCAGGAGUUGACUGAUGCUUUAACCCAGGUCUGGGAGGAGAUCCCUCAGGAGAACAUCCGCCGCCUCAUUUAUUUUUUUGAGCAGUAUAACCGUAAGUCAUUCCGCAGUCUUCUUGGCCCCAGUAAUUUUCAGGUGAUCCAGGGUACCACCACCACCAAAGAGCUAACAACACCUUUACAUGUGCUGUGGCUGAUUCAGGGUUCUUCAUCUAGCGCACACUAUCAGGAUUACUUCAAAACGAAGCUAACAACACCUUUACAUGUGCUGUGGCUGAUUCAGGGUUCUUCAUCUAGCGCACACUAUCAGGAUUACUUCAAAACGAACAUCAUGAAGACCCAGAUGUUUGUAUUUCUGAGUGGACUCUGUACGCUCACAUUCACUCCUGUCCGGCUAGAAGCUGCAAACACCACUGGUCACCAAAACACUACUGAAGUCCUAACAACCAGUGCAACUAAAACAACUGUGCAAAGCAUAACUACAACAUCCAUUGCCAUUAGUAGUUUGACCACAAAUCAUAGGUCCACUGUUAAACCUGAAUCCCCAGACCACACUAAAAACAGUGCAAAUACCGAAAGCCCUACAACAGCCUCCCCAAAUACUGCUGUGUGGCGGGUCCUGGUGUUCUUUAUAGUCGUAGUCUUGUUAUUGUUAGCCUUCUUUGUGUAUAAAUGGUUCUCUUGGCACCCUGAACAACGCUCCUUUAACGUACUACAAAGAAGCAUAGCCCAAAGUUUUCGGACAGCCCGAGCCACAGCCAUCCUGGAACGUCUGCGUCCAUCUCGAAAGCAAAAGGAGGAUGAGAAUGAGAUGGAAAGAGGAAUGACACAUGACGAUGAACAGGACAGGCUGGAAACGGGUAAAGACGACAAGGAGGACGAUUCUUCAAAUGACUUCACCAGCAUGGAGGGCACCGUAAUGAUGGGGCAAGUGAAAAAGGAGGAACCGCCGACGGAUGACAGUAGCACAUCAUCUGAGGAGGAAGAUGAUGAAAUUAAACCCGCUGAGCCAGAGGAGGAAAAGCCUGAAGACUAAAACAUUACAAUGCUGUGGAAAUGAAAUUGUGGGCAGGGUCAUGAGAGGGGAAAAAGUGGCCUCGUUUAAAAAGUGUUUGUAAAUUUAGCUGGUGUUUAAAUAAUAAUAAUAAAUGUAUGUCUUUAAUUGGAAAAACUGCAGUUUUAUAAAUAAAAGCUAUUCUUUGUUA